UGAAUACCGGCCCUAGUAUUCUUACACCAUGGUGACAUCUGUGGUAAUACUAACAAUCUGACGAUGUCUCUUUCAAACACUUUUAAAUUGACCACGUUGUUCACGAAGCUUCGUGUAAAGUGAAGAAACGUUGAAAUGUUGUCUAAAAAGGAUAUAGACUCAUUUAACGAAAGAGCGUCAUUAGCGGAGAGAGAAAUAAUCGCUUUAAAACAGCAACUCGAAUCACUCCAACAGAGCAUCACUCCAACGACCGAUAUUCCGAGUGAUAUAACUAAGGAGGAUUUUGAAAAAUUACAACAGGAGAAUGUGAAGUUAACGCAGAGAAUAACAAUACUCAAAAGAACCAUAGAAAUGCAAAAAGAUAAACUAGACCAUAAGAUGGAUUUAUUCGGAACUGCAGAGACAUUGAGUAUAAGAGACCAACUUUGUUCAAUUUUUCACAAGGCUAUUAGUACCACGUAUCCUGACAUAACGGAUCCACCUGUAAUAGUAACUACCAGCUCUAAUCCCAAAUUUGGAGAUUAUCAAUGUAACAGUGCCAUGCCCUUGGCCCAACUUCUAAGUAUUUCUGGUACUAAAAUAACUCCACGUGAUGUUGCUAAAGAAAUUAUGUCCAAGCUGAACGUAUCUUUCAUUGUUGAAAAAUAUGAAAUGGCUGGUGCAGGCUUUAUAAAUGUGCACCUAAAACGUGAAUUUGGACAAUCCAUUUUGCGCAGUUGGUUGUGGGCUGGUGAUGUUCUUCCCCCAUAUGUCAAGAAAAAGAGGGUGAUUGUGGAUUUUUCUAGUCCUAAUAUUGCCAAGGAAAUGCAUGUGGGACACUUGAGAUCCACGAUAAUUGGAGAUAGUAUUUCAAGGCUGUUAGAAUACUUAGGACAUGAUGUAUUAAGACUCAAUCAUGUAGGUGACUGGGGUACACAGUUUGGUAUGUUAAUAGCGCAUCUUCAAGAUAUGUUUCCGAAUUAUUUAACUGUUGCACCUCCAAUCCAGGAUCUUCAGUCUUUCUACAAAGAAUCUAAAACUAGAUUUGAUGAAGAUGAAGAAUUCAAAAAACGUGCAUAUGAGUGUGUUGUUAAAUUACAGGCUUUUGAGCCUAAUAUAACAAAAGCAUGGAAAAUGAUAUGUGAUGUAUCUAGACAAGAAUUCGAAAAACUGUACGUUCGACUGGAUAUCAAAUUAACAGAAAGAGGUGAAUCAUUUUAUCAGAAGUAUAUGGAGUCAAUAGUACUAGAUUUAAAAUCAAAAAAUAUGCUGGAAGAAGAUAAUGGGCGAAAAGUGAUGUGGGGAGAGAUACAUGGUAGUGGGAUACCUUUAACUAUAGUAAAAUCUGAUGGUGGUUUUACAUAUGACACAUCAGAUAUGGCUGCUAUUAAGCAUCGUGUCGAAAAGGAAAAGGCAGAUUGGUUGAUAUAUGUGACAGAUGCUGGUCAGUCUUUACAUUUUCAAAUGUUGGAAAGCUGUGCCAAAAGAGCAGGUAUCUUGAAAAGCUUUCACAGGAUGGAUCACGUUGGCUUUGGUGUUGUCUUAGGUGAAGACAAGAAGAAAUUUAAAACAAGGUCCGGUGAUACUGUAAAACUUAGCGAGUUAUUAGACGAAGGCUUGAAGAGAGCAUUACAGAAAUUGAAAGAGAAAGGACGCGACAAAGUAUUAUCUGACGAAGAGCUCAGAGCAGCCCAAGAAUCUGUGGCAUACGGUUGUAUAAAAUAUGCCGAUUUAUUACACAAUAGAAAUCACGAGUACGUAUUUUCAUUUGAUAAAAUGCUAGAGGAUAAAGGCAAUACAGCUGUUUAUUUACUAUAUGCGUUAACUCGCAUUCGUUCUAUCGCCAGAACGGCGAAUGUUACGAAGGAUGAGUUGCGACAGCGCUUGCAAGAAAUUCCGAUCUCACUAGAGCACGAAAAAGAAUGGAAGCUAGCCAAAGUACUAUUAAAAUUUCCUGACGUAAUUCUUGACAUUAAUAAAGACUUAUACUUGCAUCCGUUGUGCGAGUUUUGUUACGAGGUUUCUUGCGCAUUUACGGAAUUUUAUGAUAAAUGCUACUGUGUAGAGAAGAAUCAAUCUGGUGAAAUUGUGAAUAUAAAUAUGGGUCGUCUUUUACUUGCGGAAGUUACUGCGCUUGUUUUAGAGAAAUGCUUUAGUUUAUUGGGUUUAAAACCUGUUGCACAAAUGUGAAACGAUAAAAGUAUACUAUAUCAUACUUUUAAUAAUAAAACAUAAAAUACAAGAAAAUGAAAUUAUAA